AUGGACCCCAGCAAGCGGUAUCAGGUGCGGCCCAGCAGCGCCAAGUACGACGCGCGGCCCGGCAUCAAGUGGUCCGACAGCCUCUGGGGCUUCCGCGUCAUCGUCGCCGUCAUUAUCGGCCUCGCUGUCUCUGUAUUGAGUAACUAUUUGCCUUCCUUUCCUGCUCAUCCGCGCGGUGCUUCUCUUACUCGUUACAGCGAGUCGACUCGAACCACCCGCUCAUCCCGUCGUCAUUCCGAAUCCCUUCACUUUACUCACCUGCACAACCUGCCCCCUCUCUCCCCGCUCCUCACCCCCUGCCGAACCUACUCGGCCGCGCCUUGUUCCCGAGCCAGCCUGCCCGGUUUGGUGAGCCCGACCCUGCAGGCGGUGCUGUACGCGGUAGUGAGUGCUGCGGUAUUCCUGGCGCUGCUCUUCCUCUUCCUCGUGCAGCACAUCGACCCUGGGAUCAUCCCUCCCUCCGAGAUUAAAGACCCGGAAGUAGUGGCAGCAGAGAGGGGGCAGAUAUCCCCAGACCUAGUUAUUGACUCGCAUGGCCAGUGGGCGCGCCGCCGCCUGCUGCUGGACGGUCGAUCAGAGAUCACCCAGCGAUACUGCAGCACGUGCAACGUGUGGCGCCAGCCCAGGACUAGCCACUGCUCUCGAUGCGGGUUCUGUAUGGAGCGCUUCGACCACCACUGCGGGGCAGUGGGCACGUGUGUUGCGCGCAAGAACCACCGCUUCUUCACCGGGUUCCUCUUCUCUGCUUCCUUGGCGUCGGGUCUGCUGCUCUAUGCCACAUUUCUGCGACUCAAAGAGGAGGACUGGGAUAAGGGUCUAAGCGAGCAGGAGGUGUAUGUGUUCUUCCUCAUGCUGCUCGCCCUCGCCUACUUCUACACAUCUCUGCUCUUCUUCUUCGCUGUCAUGCACGGCACCAUCCUGCUCUGUGAUUGCACCACGAAGCAGUACAUCCGAUCCAGGCAGGGCCGAGCCGUUGCUGGGUUCCCGCCGCUGCCCCUCAUCCUCCUCCCCCGCUUCCCGCGCCAAUGCCCGACGCGCAGGAGUCCGAUAGUCGACGCGGCGGCUUUAAUUCGUCCACUCGUCAUCAUGGCCGCCCCUUCCUCGCCGCGUUUCAUGCCCCUUCGCCGCGUCCCGCUGCCACGGCUCCUCCUCCUCGCCCUCUGCGCGGUCCUGCUGCCGGCGCGCCUGCCACUUCCAGCAGUAGCCAGCGCCGCGCUUGCCGCCUCCGCGCAGGGUUCCGCCUCCGCGCUGGGUGCCGCCUCCGCGCUGGGUGCCGCCUCCGCGCACGAUGAUGCUGCCCCGACAGCUCCCCCGCCCACCGAGUCACUGUACGCGAUCGCGAUGAGCGCGUUCCGCGCCAUGAGGCUCAUGGAGAGCUCCCAGCCGUCGGAUCAUACUACCACCGCCGCCGCCUUGGCUGCUCCCCCGGCAAACCGCACCUCGUCGGAGGCGGGAACCUUUCAGGCGGAUCUGUCGCCGACUAAGGCGCAGUUCGUGGCGGAAUUGAAGGCACUCGUUAAGAAGCUCAAGGCGCGAGGCUGCAGCAUCUUCGCGAAAACAGUGCGAUCAUUCGUGUCCAGUGCUGAAAAGACCGCUGAUGCUGAUUUUGUCUACGCCCCACUCACCUUCCUCGCGCCCACCGAUGCGGCCUUCUUCCGAGCCCUCUUCCGUUCGAGACACGCGGUGUCGAGAAAAGUCGCUAUCUUCCACAUCCUCCUUGAGCUUUACAGCCUCAAAAGGCUGAAAGCUGUGCCGGACGGGAACGGGCUUUUUCCGUUGCUGUUUUUCGACUCACAGAAGGACAAGUAUGUGCUUGUGAAGCACAGUGUGCGGCCGAACCUGAUUUUCAACCCUGGGACAAAGGUGGCCUUUAGUGCGAGGAAUGCGUCGACGCUGUUCUGGGCGCAGGUGGACACGAAGAGGAUGUUUGAGGGGUCGUUUGUGAAGGCGCACCAGCUGGAUCGUGUGCUUCUGCCCUAG